AUAAGGGGAAUGGCUAAACUUACGUUUUCUAUGGACCCAUCAUCUCAUAUGAAAAUGGGGAUGGAAAAACAUCAAACUUAUACAACAAACAAAUGAAAUGUUUGAUAAAUACACGCUCAAUUGAUUCAUCAUAUCAAACAAUGAUAAAUAGAAACAGUGCAAUUCCUUCCUCCGUUUUUUUAAAGGGCUGUUUUGAAACUAAUAUCUGCAAAUUAAAGUACAGUCAUUGCAUCAAACAAGGACGAUUUCCAUGUGCUUGUUUAUUUUUCUUGUUGUAAGCUUUUUUGUUUUGACGCCCUAUUACAAAUAAAAUAUAAAUGACGGAAUGAAAAUCGGUUAAGGGGGGAAAAAAAGGCUGCAUUCAUAAAAGGAAAGAAAAAGAGACAGUUUUUGUGUAAUCGUUCUUUUUCUUUCUUUUAUCAAUUAACUAAAAAGCACAAAAAAACAAAAGAUAUGGAGACAGCCAAACCACCUCAGAAAAUUGCUACGGACAAAAGUACCAGCACUCAACGAAAGCUAUUACGGCAGCAGUCGAUUACAAGAGGCACUGCGUCUAGUCGAGCAAAAGCAGUGAAGCCAGUCGUGAUUGUAGAGAAUAAUAACAUCCAGCAACGGAGAUUAUCAGUAAGAGUAAGAAAUCAAUCAUUAACACACAUGGAGACCAAUCGCUUACUUUUGGCCGCAAGUACUUCGAAUAGUGUUAUUUCACAAAGAAGAAGUUCAUGGUCUACAUUGGAAAGAAUGCCCAGCUCAACUUUGUUAGAAAUAUCUUCACCAUUAAAAAAGACCACACCUGACCGACCUAUUGUAAAUGGCUCCACUAUUAGUAGUAGUAAUAGCAGUUCAUCCUCAGUUAGUACACGAGUACACUCAUCUUGUUCCAAAAAAGAUACUAUGGUAACUAAACCUGGGUUAUAUAAAAACGACAAAGACAACGACAAUGCAUUACCGCAUGCAGAAGAUAAUCAACAAAAACAAGUUAAUCAUGAAGAUCCCCUUGAAACUUCUGUUGUUGUACCGGAAGAAGAGGUUUCAGAAACCCAUAAUCAUGAAGAAGAUGACUUGCCUGGUUACAUGCGUCGUCCCAUAUGUGCUGCAUGUAACCGUAAUGUGAAAAUAAGUGAUAGCAGUAGUAGUGUUAGUGUUAGUAGCGCUAGUCAGAAAUCUUCGAUCCAUAAAAGGGAGAUCAAUACAAGCCCUAGCAGUAGUGAAGAUAUUAUGGUGAUGGUAAGAACCAGGUCUAAUAGCCCAACCUCACCUAUUCCCACUCGAAGAUCAAGUGGACGAAGACUAGAUGAAUUGAUGAAUUAUGAGAAUAACAAAGAGAAAUGGAAUGAACUAUUGAUUCAACAGCAAAAGAUAAUAGAAUUUGUUAAUAUGGAUUCAGAUAAUAUGAUGAUGCUAUCUAGUGUAGAAUAUACUCCAGGUGAUGAAACAUUAAUAUUGGAAACACAAGUGGAAUUACUUAAAAGGUUCGAAUCACUUUUACUCUUGUCAUCGUUGCCGGUACCUCAAUUGGUCACAACACCAUUACCUGUAGUAGAUGAGAAUGAACAAGAAAGGCCAUUGCCUAUCGCAAGUUGGCAAACACAAUUUGAAUAUCGCCUGACAAGAUUUAAAUGGAAUAUUAGUCAGUGGUUUGGUACACUUGUUGGCGAUGGACAAAUAGAAGAGCAAGAAUUUGAUACACUAGGAUAUACUAAGACUGUAGUUAUUUCUGGCGUCUGUGUCACAACGGAACCUGGAUUACUUCCAAAGAAUUUACAAAAAUAUUAUCCAAAUCGUGGUCAACUUGUUUGUCAUAAAUAUCUUGUUCAUCUCGAUCGUCAAAAACGAUUAACAUUAUUUUCUUUAUUAAAUAAUGAUGAGUGGAAAAAGGAUACAAGUGUUAAGGCUUGUGAGUUUCAUGUAAAUGGACUAAAUUGUAAUAUUGAAUUUAAUGUAUUUCAUCGUCGUCAUCACUGUAGAAGCUGUGGUCAUCUAUUUUGUCAAACCCAUUGCUCAAAUCGGCUUCCCUUAUUUAUAUCCAAUGGUGAAGAACGUGGUGAAUGGUCUCGAGUAUGUGAUACAUGUUUUUAUGCACGUAUUGACCCUCAAUUCAUUGCGAGAUGUUGAAAAAAAGUGACACAAACUUGUACAAUAAAAAAUUUGACAUA